AUGACCAAGAUACAUUCCUUUUAUGACCUUCUGCUAGUAGUCUCAUUGCUCACGUCACGGACGUUGGCUAAAUGUCCCGUGGCCAGUGUUUGCGCCAUUGCCCACACGGGACCAUCGAUUGGCAGGGAGGUUGUGUACGAGAAUACCAACCCUCACACGGACGCAGUGACACUUUACGUUACAGGCAAGCAUUCAGAUACAGCCGUACUGUACUUGACAGAUGCCACCGAUAGCUUCGGCCGUGCAGAAUACCUCACUCUCGCCCCUGACCUGUUCAAUGGCACUCCAGCACCCGCGCGCAGAGAUCCGUACAACCCCAACUACAACCAGACCGAGUUUCUAGCUCGUCACAACCCAACAGUCAUCGACCCUAUGAUCGACGCCACAAUCCCGUCUGGGUACUGCUUUGGCGGGCGCCAUGCCGUCCGCGUCCUGUCUGAGGGCCGAGGUGUCAGUGCAAGCUUUGCCGCGCACCCGGCCCUGCUCCAGGACGACGAGAUUCUGAGAAUCACUAGGCCCGUGACUAUUGCAGCCGCGGAGAACGAUUUCGCCAUGUCAAUUAACCAGCGCCGCCACAUCGAAGAUCUGUUGUUGAACACCACGCAGCCAUAUUCACUCUCACUGUACAGUGGAACGGAACAUGGAUUCGGUGUUCGAGGCAACGUGUCGAUUCCUCAGAUCAAGUUUGCCAAGGAAGAGGCGUAUUUCCAGGCAGUCCGAUGGUUUGACUUUUGGGGCAAGGUAGCAAGUGGAAAUAAGACAAAGGAUGGAUGA